AUGCCCUGGUCGUUUAAGUUUUGUCGUGGUACAUCUGAGUAUGAAUGGUUGAUGUUAGUAACUCAAAUCAUAGCGGUGGGAGUAGGAACUAUUGCUCCAGCUGCUAGAUGGUUUACAGCCAUUAAAUUCAGGUGCAUGAAGGAAUUAAAAAUGGUUGACAAGGCGGAUUUUGAAGUGGAAAAGUACUGGAUCCAGAAAUUGGUUGAGUGGAAAGAGCGUCCAUUAGCUUUACAAAGAUUGGGGCGGAGAGGUAGAAGAUUUGUACACAAUUUAAAGUAUCGGACUUUGGAUUUUUGUAUUGGUAUGCAGUCAGGGAUAGUAUUGAUUAGCAAAUUAGUCAGACUCAUCUCAAUCUUCUUUGUGGGUCAGUUAUUGAUAUUCUGGUACAGCUGCACAAGAUUGGAGAGGUUUCUCAGAACCCAGGAGAACUCUUUAAGCAAUGAACCAGAGUCUGAGACACAGCGUAGAACAGAAAUGAAUCUCAGCCGUUAUGUUGUGCAUCUUCAAGGAGAGGAAGGUUUAGUACAUCUGAUGAAAGCACAGGACUGUGAUGCCACAAAUCAUUGGUUCGAGAUGGGGGUAAAAGAGCAGCCAAAACAUCUAAUACAAUUUCUGGAGAAAUCUCUGUAUUCCAAAGAGCUCAAGGGGGUGAAAGAGUUUGACAGCGACCAGGUUCCUUGUCUGGAUUCCCAGGACCCUCCCAAUUCUUGGGCUCUUCCAGUUGUAACAUUAACAGCAGUUGCAGUUGCAAUUCCUAAUAUUGGCCACCAAGCAGUUCAGAAGUUGAAAUACAGUGUCCAUGAAGCCUUAAUGUACAUACGGGUGGUAGAAAACAACCUGGUGGAUCCUAAAAGAGACUUGAAAAAUUCCAGGGAAGCAGCAGAGAUUGUGUGGUCAGGUAUUGAUCUACUUAACAAGUGGCUAGAUGUUGAUCUACGUGCAAUGGCACGUGAAGGGAAACAUCCGAAGGACAUACUCGAAGAACUGUCAAAUAUAGCAAAGAGUAAGUUCAAAGAAGUGAAGCGGACAGAAUUGAAUAAAUGUUUAAUGGAUGCUCCUUCCAAAUGGCCUAUCAAUGCAAUCGCUGCAAAUUCCAUGUACAGAAUAUGUCAAUCACUUCUGCAGGAAUACCGAUUCAAGGCUGGAGGAAGCGAUGAAAUACUGUUUGAGAAGCUGUCUGUUAUGAUCUCUGAUAUUAUCAGUGCUUGCCUUACUAACUUGAAACAUGUGAUAACCAAACAUUGCAACUGA